AUGAACCAUCACAGCAACUACUAUGGAGGCCUGGGCUACGGCUACGGAGGCUUUGUGGGCCCGGGCUAUGGUUGUGGCUGGGGAUGUGGAAGUUUCCCUGGACUGGGCUGUGGCUGGAGCUGGAGAAGCCACAGAUAUGGCUGCUGCCUCCCACUGUGUUAUGGAGGAUAUGGGUUCUCUGGCUUCUACUAA